CCCCGAUGUUCCAAUCAAUAUUGUCCUUGGCAAAUGCCGCACGCGGCCUUGGCGCUCAAUGCCCAGCGUCUAGUGCCCCAACUUCGAGGCUGUGCCCCCGUCAAACCAAAGAUUUUUCUCCCCUCCCAUCUCAGCAGCAAAUGGCUUGGGGUCUUUUGAUCUGAUAAUUCUGUUGAACGUUAAGCUCUCUUGUCGUGGUCUUGGUAUUCCUCGUUGUUCGUGAACCGACUCCCAGAUUCCUACCAGCUCGGAGCUAGAUACAGAAUACAAGCCGGCAAAGAUGACUCCGACGCUGACGGAUCCGUUCGAUCUCCUACAAUACAAGACAUCGGUGGCCGAACAGCGACGCUGGGUGCCCUUUUCGAAGUCUGACGACAACGAGAAGAACGAUUUCUACCGCCAGCAGAAUGAGAUGAUCGACGGGUUCCUGGGGAGCGCGGACGAGGAACGUCUCAAGGCUGAAGAUACCGCAGAGAACGGAGGCAAGGUGAAGCUGGCGGUGCGCGCCAGUUUCGUGGUCAAUUUCUGUCUCUUCGUGAUUCAACUCUACGCGGCCAUCUCUACCGGCUCGCUCUCCCUCUUCGCCACCGCUGCCGACGCGUUCAUGGAUCUUGUCUCUUCCAUCGUCAUGCUAAUCACGUCGCGCAUGUCCUCGCGUCCCAAACCAUACAAAUACCCCGUGGGGCGGAGACGUAUCGAGACGAUGGGCGUCAUUAUGUUCUGUGCCCUGAUGACCACCGUGGCCGUGGAGCUGAUCAUCGAGUCGGCCAAGUCGCUGGCCGGGGGAGAAACAGAUUCCGAUGACCUGGCCACGGUGCCGAUUAUUUGCGUUGGUGUGGCAAUUUUCUGCAAGUUUGUACUGUGCGUGUACUGCUAUGGCUUGCGGCGGUACCCGGCGGCCCAUGUCUUCUUCAUCGACCAUCGCAACGAUCUGGCCGUGAAUGGCUUCGGUCUGAUCAUGUCUGUCGUGGGUGAUCGGUUCGUGUGGUACCUCGAUCCCAUCGGUGCAUGCUGCAUUGCUCUCCUGAUUCUGUUCUCGUGGGCCUCGACCGCGUUCGAGAACAUGUGGCUGUUGGUCGGGAAGUCCGCUACCCGCGAGUUCCUGAACAAGGUUGUCUAUGUGACGUUGACGCACGACUCGAGAAUCGAAAAGGUCGACACUUGCCGCGCAUACCAUGCCGGACAGCAACUCUAUGUCGAAGUUGAUAUCGUCAUGGACCCGGAGACCAAGCUGCGCGAGUCUCACGACGUGAGUCAAGCGCUGCAGCGCAAGCUAGAGGGCCUUGCCGAUGUCGAGCGGGCAUUCGUACAUGUGGAUUAUGAUUAUGCUCAUGAUAUCCACGAGGAGCACAGGCCCUUGUAUGAUCAAGUCGGGGCUGAUUCAUCGAUCAGGACCUUGGUGAAGCGGUUUUUGUUUAAAGAUGACCCUAAGACUGAUGUAGAGGGAGUAGCUGGAUAGGUGGGGUACUCAGAGGCAGUAUUCUCUGAUAUCAUUGAUGUUCAAAGCGGUGCCAGCAUUAUAAAUAUGUCGUAAUAAUAUAUUGGAGUUAGUUUGUUAGAUUAGCCAGCGAGGCGGUCCAAGCAAAGGGA